AUGAUCGAUCAUGCGGCGCUGGUCGAGCUUCAUCUUCUUGAUCGUAUAGUAUUUACUUGCGACAAAUCUGUGCCGGCUGUCAUCUAUAAGGUGUCCGAGGAAUCAUUCGCUGGUGUACUAAAUAGUGAUAUAAUCAGCGGAGUGUGCGUCGUCGGGAAUGCUCUCGAGGUUUUGAAAUAUGGCAUCAGAGAUAGAAAAGGUGGCCUCUGUGAGAAAGGAGUGCGACUCAUUCUUGAAAUUCGUGAUUCUACUGUCCGCGUCCCUCUGAAACCACGUACUGACGCUGGAUUGCAUGAAUUGCAGGUCCCCGUACAACGUGUUUCUUAUGGUGGUAUGCCUGAAAAAAUGUUCCAACAGAGCCUUCAUAAGAAUCAAGCUUCCCAUGAAAACCAGAGUAGUUCCUGA